AGCGAUCGACACAAGAGAACACAAGGAACACAAGGACACUUUAACACUAAUUAAUCCUAAAUAGUCUGCUGUUGCUGAACAUAUUGUGUCUCAGGCGCAUGUGAUCAAUUGGGAUUAUAAAAUUCUGGACAGAGAACCACCCAGCGUAAAGGUUCCAAAUCAGGGCGUGGACUGGUACCGUUAAAAAUAAGACAAACGAAUAAAACUAAGGCCAAGUUCAUUUCUUCAGUCGUCACAACACACUAGUUGGGAAUAAUACCCGUGACGCUCUGCCGAUAUAAUCUUAGUGGAUUAAAAAACUGCUGAGAAGAUGAUGAACGGCGGCCGACAAGAGGAAGUCGUGAAGAGCAGCAUUCAGCUGAAGUUUCAAGAUGAGAACAUUGAGAGACAAGCGCAAAUUCUGAACCAUUGUUUCGACGACAUGGAACGAUUCAUUGCUAAAAUCAAGGCAAAGGCGGAACAGUUUCAACGCUGGUCAAAAGUUGUCAAGUUGUAUGGAGAGAGAAAAGCCAGUAAAAAAGGUGAGAAACCAACAAACAUAAAAGAACAAGAGUUUAUCACUGUUUUACAAAAGAUAAAAAUGGCAUUUAACAUAUUGGCAAAACUACAAGCAGUAAUGGAAAACCCGUCUCCGGAGGAACUGAUCCAUAAUAUGUUUAUCCCCUUGAGGUUGAUCAUCGACGCUAGCCUUGAUAAAUUGAAUAGGCCAACUCUUGCAACAACUGUUAUCUUCCCUCUAUUGUCUGUAGAAGCCUGUUCCCUUGUUCAUGAGUGUACCAAUGACGAGGAGCGCACCUUGUGGUCAACUCUUGGAGAGGCCUGGACUAUGAGCAGCGAUGAUUGGCGAGGCGACUGUCCACCAUUUAACCCCAAAUUCUCCGAUGGUUGGCAACCAUACGGUCCUACAACAUUAAAUCAUGUUGGUAUGACUAAAAAUCAGGGUCGGGUUACAAUGCCAAACGCCCUUGGUGCAGUUGUCUACACAGGUCCUAAAGCCAGUCGAAGCACGAUUCUCAACAAUGAAAAUGUCAUCAAAGAACAACGCAAGAUCGUAAAGACUAAAACGACCACAACGACCAGCUGGGACCAAGAACAGCGGAUAUUUGUAAGCCAGUUACAGGACAGAAAUGCCAAGGUCUUCUAUGUCGUAAAUGAGAGAGCCAUAAUUUUCAACGACCAGGAACUUGUCCUAAAAAAGGGCGAAUGCGUGGAGGUGCUGGAUAAUGCCCGACAAUGGUGGAAGGUACGCAACUGCCAUGGCCAGAUUGGCUAUGCCCCUCAUACUAUACUCCGAACAAACAUGAAUGAAAUGGUUGGAGCAUCCGUCGUCAAUGGCCGAAUAGACGUGGAAUCUUCUGGCGUUCGUCUCAGCCAGAUGCCCACUUAUGAAGAACGGGGAUAUAUAGCUAGUGCUAGUAG